ACUUCUUCACUAAAAACUAGACAAAAAGUAACAUUAUCAUGGAUAUUUUUGGUGGUGCUCCUCGUGUUUUGGGCUAUCCACGCCCUGUAGUGGCGCAGCGUGGAACAGAUGCAACCCUAAGGUGCCAAAUUGAUGGAGAUCCUCGUCCAGAUGUCAUCUGGGAACGUAAAAAUAUCCAAAUUGUGUCUGAAGGACGAUACAAGCUCUCAGAGGAGGGAAAGGUGUAUUUGCUAACCAUUACUGGAGUGAGCCCACAAGAUGCUGGUCAGUACAUCUGCAAGGCUAGAAAUAGCAUUGGUGAAACCUAUGCAGCAGCCUCACUCAAAGUGGAAGGAGAGGUGCAGGGACAGGAUGGGGAGCUGGUGCAGCUGGGGGUUGAUGGUGUAAAGGAAUCAAAAGAAAAUGAAGAAUUUGGAGGCCACUUAAAUGGCUACAAUACAGUGCAAAAUGGUGCAGGAGGCCAAGAAAUUAAUGGAGGGUGCAAGUGGAACAAUGGGAUAAGUGAAAAACUGGAAGAGGUUGAUUUAACAUCCAGCGACAAACCUCGAUUCCUCAUCAAGCCCUUGUCGCUGCGUGUGGAUCGUGGAGAGGAUGCCGCCUUCUCCUGCAAAAUAUGGGGCACGCCUUUGCCCGAGGUGACUUGGGAAAAAGAUGGUAAAAAGCUGAAUGACAUCUUUGAGAGUUCACACGUCAGUGUGAGCAAUCAAGAAGGGGGUUGGUUCCAGCUCAAGAUCUACAGGACACGCAUGCCAGAUAAAGGCGUUUAUACCUGCAAGGCUGUGAAUUGCCAUGGUGACGCAUUGGCUGGAGCUGUCCUUCUUGUUGAGCCCAUACCAGAGCGGGAGGAUAGUAAAAAGUCCUUAAGUGGUCACACUAACAGCCAGUGGUCACCAAAACACAGAAGCGGGAGGCACAGUUUGUCGAAACUGGUGGAAGAACCACAUGUCAACGCAUCCAAAGCCAAAAAGUUUGCCGUUACAGAGGGGAAGCAUGCCAAAUUCCGCUGCUUUGUAACCGGAAAGCCGAAACCUGAGAUCAUCUGGAAAAAAGACGGGGCUCCCCUAGAGGCCGGCAGACGUCACCUGAUAUUUGAAGACAGGGAGGGUUACUACACAUUGAAGGUUCUGUACUGUAAAGUCCAGGAUACGGGGCUGUAUGUGUGUGCUGCAUCAAAUGCUCUUGGAAACACACUUAGUGCUGUUCACCUGUCUGUGAAAGGCCCAGCUGUGCGGUUCAGGCGGCCAUUAAAAGACUUGGAGGUGAAAGAGAGGGAUGUGGCUGUGCUAGAGUGUGAGGUACCAGAUGAGACGAUCCCAGCUGCCUGGUACCUUGAGGACCAGAGGCUGAUGCCCAGCAGUAAAUAUGGCAUGGAGCAGAAAGGAACCAAACGAAGGCUCACUAUCCAUGAUGUGGGAACAGAUGACGAUGGAGUCUACUUGUGUGAGAUGCCUGAUGGAGCGAAGAGCAUUGCAGAGCUAUCAGUUAAAGGUAUUAUUGUACGCAAACUUCCUCGGAAGCUGGAGGUCCUGGAAGGCGAAAAUGCAGCAUUCUGCGUUGAGGUGGAGAGCGACGAUAUGGAGGUCCAUUGGUUCAAAGAUGGUUUGAAGCUACACGAGACACACCAAACAAUCCUCAAGUCAUUUGGCAAGACUCACAUUUUAGUCUUCGUCAAUGUGGAAUAUCACGACUCAGGGGUUGUGACAUUUGUCGCAGGAAGAUCCAAGACUUCAUCCCGGCUUAAAGUCAAAGCCACCAGACACAGUCCCCCUAUCUGUCCUGCGGGAGUCAAAAUGGAUGUCGAUAGACCCAACAGUGCUCUCCUCACCUGGGUGCCUGCCCCCAACAGCCAGACCUCAACACGCUCUAUCUUUGUGCUGGAAAGGCAAGAAGUGGGUUCUCAGGAGUGGCAGAAGUGUUUCACUUCAGAGACCGCUACAUCGGCUGAGGUCACUGGUGACAGCGUGCCAUGUGAAGGCGACUAUCGCUUCCGUGUCUGUUGCAUGAAUAAGUACGGACGAAGUGGCCAUGUGGAGUUUCCCAAAGUUGUCCAUCUCAUACCAGGCCCCCAGAUUCACAGCCACCUCAAAGGCUGUGAGGUGAUGGAAGGAGACGAUGCUCAAUUCUCCAUUGAACUGUCUGCUCCAAUGGUUGGAACCUGGUUUCUGAAUAGCACACAACUUCAGCAUGGUGCACGAUAUUCAAUUAAACAAACGCAAACAAGGCACUCACUGGUGAUCAGAGAAACUCAAACAGCCGAGGAUGCGGCAGAGAUCACGUUCAUAGCCAAUGGAGUCCGAGAUUCAGCAGUGCUGAAGGUUAAACCUGCUGUGGUGAAAUUCAACCCUCUGUCAGAGUUAGACAGCAAUAAGAGAGUGGACAUGGGUGAUGCCAUUGUGCUGUACUGUGAGGUCUCCCACCCCUUCGCUAAAGUAUCCUGGUUUAAAGAUGGUGAGCAACUCCAGGCAACAGAUGGCCUCAACAUCCAGUCAGAUGGGAAUAUGAGGAGGAUUGUGAUCCAAUCUGCUGAGGCGUCUCACUCGGGGAUUUAUACAUGUGAAACUGCAGGAGAUGCCAUCAAAUUUAAUGUGAACGUUGCAGGUCCUCCCAUUGAGUUCACUCCAGUCUCAGAGGAUGAGCUCCAUAAGAGCAGCAUGGAGCUGGACCCUGUGGUGCUGCUCUGCCAUGUUUCCCAAGAUGAUGCAGAAGUUGUGUGGUAUAAGGACGACUGUGAGAUCCAACCAAGUGACAACAUCACACUGCAGGCAGAGGGAACCAUGCGGAGGCUAAUCAUCCGCUCUGCUGAAACCUCAGAUGCUGGAAGCUACACUUGCCAGGCAGGAAACAACAGCAUGACGUUCACUGUCAAUGUCAGAGAACCUCCAGCGAUGAUUGUGGAACCAGCGGAUGAUGUUGUGAUGGAGAGCUACAUUUCAGAGGAAAUCCGCCUGCAGUGCGAGCUAUCGCGUUCCAGUGGGAAGGUGCGGUGGUUCAAAGAUGGCCAGGAGGUGCAGGAAAGUGACAACAUUCAUAUGAUAUCAGAGGGUCCUUACAGGAGGCUGACCAUCCUCUGUGGCUCAAGAGAGGAUACUGGAGAAUAUGUCUGUGAAACAGAUGGAGACUCUGUCUUUUUCCAGCUUACUGUUACAGAUCCACCAGUAAGAAUCAUUUGUCCCAGUGAGUCAGAGGUGGAACUGACCCACUUGACCUCAGAGAGGCUUGAACUCAGCUGUGAGAUCUCCAAAGCAGAUGCUCCAGUUCAGUGGUACAAAGACAGUUUAGAGGUAGAGGAGAGCCCUAACUUAAUCCUGGAGGCAGAUGGAGCCCAACGCCGGCUGAUUAUACCUUUAACUACUGCGGAUGACACUGGGGAGUAUGUAUGUGACACUGAAGAUGACUCUGUGGCCUUCAUGGUGACUAUUACAGAGCCACCAGUGACACUUACUCGCCCUAAAUCCACACCUGACAGACUGGAGAGUUUUGCUGGCAAACCAAUCAUUCUGGAGAUAGAGGUGUCACGCCCAACAGCAGAAGUCAAGUGGUGGUUAAAUGACAGAGAAGUGCUGCCAACUAGCAAUGUCACUAUCACAGAAGAUGGCCUCAUUCGUCGACUGACUAUCCACUCUCCCACUCCAGAAGAUUCUGGGAAAUACACAUGUGAUGCCAUUGAUGAUAAAAUAGAUUUCCAGGUCAAAGUUUCAGAACCACCAGUGAAGAUUUUAAGAAAGUCAGAGAUCAACACAGCUCUCAAGUUCCUGGUUUCGGAUGACAUUGUGCUGGAGUGUGAGCUCUCCAGAGCCAAUGCCAAAGUCAAAUGGUACAAGGAUUGCUGCCGUAUUGAGGGUGAUGAUAGGUUCUGCGAAGAGGAAGAAGGUGCUUUUCGAUCACUUGUCAUCCUUAAUGCGGAACUCAAAGAUUCGGGAGAAUACUUUCUGGAUGUUGGAGACGACAGCAUCAGUUUCGAGGUUACAGUAGAAGAGCCUCCUGUGAGCAUUGUGGGAAACUCAUAUGACCCUGACUACCAGGAGAUGGUGGCAGGUGAUGAUCUGAUCCUAGCCUGUGAGGUUUCCCGCGCCAGUGCCCCUGUCCAGUGGUACUGCAAUGACAAGCUGCUUACCAGUGACUCCCGGACUUACAUUGAGAGCUAUGGCACUCUGAGAAAACUUAUUAUUUCAUGUAUACAGCCCUCAGAUUCUGGAAAGUAUGUGUGUGAUGCUGUGGAUGACAAGAUGAUCAGCAUUGUCAGAAUUCAAGAGCCUCCAGUUACAUUUGUGAAUAAAGAGGAUGACACUGUCGAGAUGGGUUACGAAGCAGAGAGUGUGACUUUCACAAGCUAUGUGUCCAAGGAAAGUGCUCCGGUGCGCUGGCUUAAAGACUGGACACCACUUGAAGGCGAACGUUUCAAAUCUCUUAUGGAAGGCCAUAAACGUACGCUUACCAUUGAUCCUUUGAGGCGUUCUGAUGCUGGGGAAUACACCUGUGAUGUCAACACAGAUCAGAUCCACUUCAGUCUGCUUGUAAAAGAAAUGAGAAUUAAGUUUGUAAGACCACUCAAAGACACUGUGGCCCAUGCCGAUGGCAUGGUGACCUUGCGGUGUGAGGUGUGCAAACCAAAAGCAGAUGUCCAGUGGCUGAAGAAUGGAGUAGAAGUGGCCCCAAGUAGGAGAUUCUCCAUUCGAGCAGAUGGGGUUGAAAGAAGCUUGACCAUCCACCGUUUAACUCGAGAGGAUGCAGGGGAAUAUGCUUGCGAGUCCAGAGAUGACCGGACCAUUGCAACCCUGAGAGUGGAGUUGCCUCGAGUGGUUGAGUUUCUCACAGAGCUUCACAACACUACUGUGCUAGAGGGAGAAGAUGCCACCUUCAAGUGUGUAGUUUCUCCUGAUGAUGUCCAGUUGAUCUGGCUCAUGGACAAUGAGCCUAUUAGCUUGAGUGAUCGUUUCCAGGCAACCCAGAAUGGACUGUGCCACACCUUAGUAAUCAAAAAGUGCCAGAUAUUGGACUGUUCAAAGAUUACAGCAGAAGCUGAGGGAAAGAUGAGCAAAGCCAGUCUCAAAGUUCAGGAGGCUCAGGUCAUGUUUGCAAAGAAAAUGGACGCCGUUAUGGCAGAGGAGUUUUGCGACGCCACCAUGGAGACAGAGAUCAGCCUGGAAACUGGUGAAGUCCAGUGGAUGAGGCAAGGGGUGGUCAUCCAGUCAGGUCCACGGUAUACGCUGGCCCAGAAUGGCUGUGUUCGCAGCCUCACCAUCCACAACCUGACUCUUUCUGACAGAGGAACAUACCGCUGUGAGACUCUUCAUGACCGGACACAGGUCAAGCUAAACGUAGAACCCCGAAAAAUCACCAUCCGCAAAGGCCUAACUGACCAAGAAACCUUUGAGCGAGAAACUGCCUCCUUUGAGGUGGAGCUCUCGCACACAGAUGUGGAAGGCACUUGGCAAAAGGAUGGCAUCCGGGUGAAGCCAAGCAAUCAGUGGCGAGUGAGCGCCAAUGGGCGGGUCCAUGGCCUCACCCUGUCCAACCUGACUGUUGAGGACACAGGCACCAUCAUCUUCUCUGCUGAAGGGGUGCGGACCACGGCAAGGCUCACAGUCAAAGAGACACCGGUGUCCAUCCUGAAACCGCUGGCUGACGUCUCUCUGGAGGAAGAACUUCCUGCAACUCUGGAGUGUGAAUUCUCUAGACCAAACGUUGAAGUCAGAUGGUUUAAGAAUGGGACUGAGCUAAAGCCAGGGAAGAACUGUAGGAUAUAUUCCAUGGGUCGGAAGCGGUUCUGCCAGAUCCUACAAUGCACUCUGGCUGACUCUGGCUCCUACAUGUGUGACACAGGGGAUAUCAACACUUCCUGCUCACUGGGAGUUUAUGAGCAUGAGCUGGAGAUAGUAAAGGAUCUAGAAGAUCUUUACAUUCAGGAAGACCAGAAUGCUGUGUUCAUGUGUGAGGUUUCUCUGGAUGAUGUGACUGGGGAGUGGUACAAGGAUGGCCACAAGAUUCGCCCCACCAGCACAACAAAGAUGCGAACUGAAGGGACCAAGCACUUCCUGUUGAUGUGUAACAUUAAAGCCGAAGAUGCAGGAGAAAUACGUUUUGUAGCCAGAGAUAUUGAAUCAACAGCCUACCUUGAAGUAGAAGAACUUCCAGCUUCCAUUGUAAAGCCCUUGCGAGAUCGAACAGCCCUGGAGAAACAUCGCGUUAUUCUUGAAUGCACUGUGUCCUCACCUCGCUGCAAUGUGACCUGGUACAAAGGCAAGCAGGAGCUGGAUUCCUCAGAUCGGAUGGAGAUUGUAGCAGAUGGCUGCUCCCACAAACUAAUCAUCCACCAGGUGGCUGUUGAGGAUGAGGGCACCUACUGUGUUGAGGUUGGGGAGCACACAUCCAAAGCAAAAUUGAUGGUUGAAGCCCAGGCUCUCGUGGUGGUGAGAGAUCUAGAAGAUGUGGAGGUGACAGAGACAGAGUCUGCUUCUUUCCAGUGUGAGGUAUCUGUUGCUAUAAACAAGGCUCCAGUUUGGACUUUGAAUGGAGUGACCCUUCAGUCAGGUCCUUCUGUUCGCCUGGACAACCACGGGACAGUACACAAGCUGACACUGAAGGACACCAAUGUGGAUAUGAGUGGGACAGUGAAGUUUACCAUGGGCAAAGCUAAGAGCAGUGCCACGCUCAAAGUGACUGAAAACUAGAAAGAAAAUUAAGUGACUCUAUAGGGAGCGGGCUGAUUUACUACCCAUUUAUGCUCCAGUUACGUGUGUAAGUAGGUACAUCCAUUUCAAACAUCACUGGCCUCAAACUUCCAUGCAUCUUUUACGUUGGUAUGGUUGUCAGGCGAUACAUCCACAAGAGGGUGGAGCAGAGUUUAGAGUUCACUCUGACGUCAGUUUCAUACAAUAGCGAACAUGGUGACAGUGGAUGGGAUCAUAACUCUCAGAAAGAGACAUUAAAAGACGCAGCGCAGCAAACGCCAGUGGUCUGUGUGGCCAUUGAACGCGUCGCAGCUGCUUCUUCUUCUUUGUUCUUUUCAUUGGUCGGAUAUCAACUAUACUGCUCGACAUUACCCUCACGGUUUUCUGUGGUACUGCUCUGUUGGGUUACACAUACACAAGCUCUCUAAAAAUGACCGAAUUAUGCACAAAAGAUGGAUAGAAGAGUCUGUAUCCGUCUUUAGUGUACACCAUAAAUGGGCCUUUACUCAGUCUAAAAAAAGAAUGGCUUGCAUUUCCUUUCACAUCAUCCAUAUUUAAGGUUUAAGUGAGCUUAGACAGACUGGACAUUUGUGUUAGGCAAGACUUUUUACAGUGUAGAUAAUAUUUACAAUUGUCUGAUCAAUAUUUUUUGUUGACUUUACAGAACAUUCUUGUAUUUUGAUGAAAAGCUACCAAAGUUUAGCCGGUUUAAAGACAAGACAAGGUCAAAAAUAAAUAAAUAAACAAAAGAAAAUCCAUAAAUGUUGGUUUUUUCACUUGCACUUAUCAAAAGGUAAAAAUCCAAGAUUAGUCUGAUAAACUGUGGUUAUUGUGUUAUGUGUUAAAAUAUAUCACACUACAAAGUCAGAAUGGGCUACUCUUCUCUGUCUCAUGGGAACAUUUCAAAUAAUGUUAAGGCAUUUUCACUAAAGCUCAGUACAACAGCUGCAGCCCUGAUGUAAGACAUGUACUUUGACAUUUGGGCCAUUUUGCUUCCAUCGUAUAUCUUUUAUCAGACUAGCAGAGGAAAAAAUGGCCACAUUACUCAGAAGGUCAUUUAUGAAAAUUCUAAACCCCAUAUUUAAAAACCUUGGACUCUGAUUUGUCUGAAUGAAAAGAAUAUUUUGCAUCUAAUUUUUUUCAAUUUUUAAAUACUACUUUUGCUAGUAAUCAUAUAUUUAAUUGAA